AGGUUAUUGAGUCCAUUCUUCUUCGCUUAACCCGCUCCAGUGCACCGGCCGGGGUUUUAGCUAGCUGAAACAAGUGUCUUAUAUCGCCUUGUCCUUAAAAUGUCUCACCCAACACCGUCUGACAAGCCUUCCAACCCUGAGAACCCCCGUGUCUUCUUCGAUGUAGAAAUCGACGGAGAAAAAGCUGGCCGAAUAGUCUUGGAGCUGUUUGCUGAUAUCACUCCCAAGACUGCUGAGAACUUUCGGGCACUCUGCACUGGAGAGAAAGGCACUGGCAAAUCAACCGGGAAACCGCUGCACUUCAAAGGAUGCCCAUUCCACAGAAUCAUCAAGAAAUUCAUGAUCCAAGGAGGUGACUUCUCCAACCAUAAUGGCACCGGUGGAGAGAGCAUCUACGGGGAGAAGUUUGAGGAUGAAAACUUCCACUACAUGCAUGACAAAGUGGGUCUACUAAGCAUGGCCAAUGCUGGGCCAAACACCAACGGCUCACAAUUUUUCAUCACUACUGUCCCCACGCCACACUUAGAUGGAAAGCAUGUGGUCUUUGGACAAGUCUUGAAAGGGAUUGGGAUCAUAAAAAUGUUGGAGUCGAUUGACACUCAAGAUGAUGCCCCUGUAAAGCCAUGUAUCGUAGCAGACUGUGGUGAGCAUAAGGACGGGGACAGUUGGGGUGUUGCACCAAGCGAUGGAUCAGGGGACACCCAUCCAGACUUCCCUGAGGACUCUGACAUCGACUUUAAAGAUGUCGAUAAAGUUCUGUCUGUCGCUGAGGACGUCAAGAACAUUGGAAACAACCUUUUUAAGAAUCAAAACUGGAAAGCUGCUGUCAACAAAUACAGCAAAGCCCUCAGGUACUUGGAGGUGAGUGGAGAUCAGCUGGAGGAGGAUGCGCAGCUGAAACUGGAACCCACAGCCCUCAGCUGCUUCCUCAACACAGCAGCUUGCAAGCUGAAGAUGCAGCUGUGGCAAGAUGCCCUGGACAGCUGCAGUGAGGCUCUAGAGCUGGACCAAGCGAACACUAAAGCGCUUUUCCGGAGGGCCCAGGCCUGGCAGGGCUUAAAGGAAUACAGCAAAGCCAUGACUGAUCUGAAGAAAGCUCAGGAGAAAGCUCCAGAAGACAAAGCUAUCAGCAACGAGAUGAAGAGAGUUCAGUUUAAAAUCCAGGAGGAGAAGGAGAAAGAGAAGAAAAUCUAUGCCAAAAUGUUUGCUUGAAAAUUUCACCUAAUGAUGCAAUGAAUUGUUCAUAUCGUUAAUCAAUAUUUGAAGUCAUCUCUACAGGGGAAGCUGCACUUAACACAGAUAAAGUCUGUAACCAGGUACAGUGUUUUCAGUUGACAGGUUCUUUCAUGUUUUCCACCCGGCACAUUUUUCACUGUCUGUAUUCUUACAAGGGAAUAACUAUUGUACGUUUUAAGCUGUCUUCAUUUCGACAAGCGUGUUCACUGUAAUGAAUAGUUUGAACAUUAGAUUGAUGUGUGGCUGACUCCACUGCUCUGAAAAAAUAGGUUUACACUUGGCAUUGUUCUGUAGUUUUGAAGCAGUUCAGCGUGUUGUAUCAUGUCCUAGAAGACAUUUUGAUACAGUGCCCUUUGCGACAUACAGUACAUCCAUUUGUUUUUAUUUAUGUUUUUUACAGAGGUCAAUAAAUCAGAAAGGACAGCAGUCAAGUGUUCUUUAUUCAUUACUGUGAUAUAUUAUCAAUGAUAUUAUGUACAGUACUACGUGGAUCAAAAUGUACCUGCAAUAAUGCUAAAAUAAACCUUAAUUUAAGAAGA